UCCAUCUAAGGAAAAUGGUGUCAUCUAAAGAGAAAAAUUCCAUUUACGAUAUCAGAAUCUCAACAGUUGCCCCUGCAGAUAUAUCCACAAAAUAUGGGUUUCAGGAGCUAAGUGCCAUAGACCUAGCCAUGAAGCUUCACUACAUACGAUUCAUCUACUACUUCAGAAUACCAGCAUUCGAUGGUUUCACCAUCAUUAAAAUUAAGGAAACAAUGUGUGAUUGGUUAAACUAUGCAUCUAUCCCAUGUGGUCGAUUUAGGAGAACAGAUUCGGGUCAACCUAUCCUCAAAUGCAAUGCUGCUGGGGUGCGUAUCAUCGAGGCUAGUUGUUAUUUGAGCCUCGAUGAAUGGCUUGAAUCUAAAGAUGAUUCAAGACAUAAGCUUCUUGUUCCUAGCAACAUUAUUGGCCCUGAAUUGUCAUAUUCUCCAUUGGUUAUGAUACAGUUAACCAAAUUUAAAUGUGGGGCUACAUCGGUUGGUAUGGGUUGGUCUCAUGUACUUGGUGAUGUUUUUUCUGCAAUUGGCUUUAUUAGACUAUGGACUCAAGUCAUUGCGGGCCAUUACCCGGACCAACCAAUUAUCAUGGCCCAACCAAUCAUCAUGACCCAACCACAAAAUGAAGUAAUCAAUAUCCGAAGCCCAAACCCAAACCCAAACCCAAUCUCAGAGUUACUUUCCGUAAAAAGGGUUGGCCCAGUUGGAGACCUUUGGUCUACUUCAAGUAAUUCAAAAAUGGAAACAUUUUCCAUUUAUAUUUCGAUGAACGAGUUGGCUCGGUUUCAAACAAAGAUAUGUCAAGACAAAGCUGGUCUACAAAUUCCUGAAUUUGAAUGUAUAUGUGUUAUGAUUUGGCAUUGUUUGGGAAAAAUUAGACAGGGAUUGGGACCACAAGUUGUGACGGUAUGUGAAAGUGAUUUGAGAAACCAAACAAAAGGAAUUAUUACAAAUAAAAACCAAACAAUUAAUGUGAUCAAGUUAGAUAUCCCUAUAGUUGAAUGCACCCUGAUGCAACUAGGGUCGUUGAUGAUGAAUCGAGUUGUUGAUGAGCGAAAUAAGAUUGAAGAAGCAAUGAAGAUCGAUGACAUGCUUUCAGAUUUUCUCAUGUAUGGAGUGAAUUUGACUUUCAUCAAUUUGAGUGAUGUCUUGUUUUAUGACAUUGAAGUAAGAGGACAAAAACCAGUUUAUGUAAACUGUUUUAUGGAUAAUAUCGAUGAUAAAGGUGUUGUGUUGAUUCUUCCAACUCCAAAAGGGUGUUCCGAUGGAAGGAUAGUAAGCAUAACGUUGCAAGAGAAUGAGAUGGUUAAUCUAAAAAAGGCACUUAAAAACGAUUGGUGUAUUUCAUAAAUCCAUCUAAGGUCAUAUGAUUACUUCCAAAAGUAUGUCUAGAGGUAGCAUUUAUUCUUUUUUUUUUAAAUGUAAUUUUGCUUAAAGUGUAUGUGUGCUAUAUGUUAUUGAAUAAUAUGUAAUAUUGAGUGCAUCAAAGAAGGGUAA